AUGAUGGACCCAAAGUCCAAGUACUCUCAGCUCCAGAGUCAAGAAGCAGACGACGGAAAUUCUGAAGAAGAAACCGUGUAUCCAGACAUAUCAGCAAGACCCUACAGGCUAGCUUCUCUGACCACUCUUCUACUGGUAUACUGCGCCUGUACCACGUCACUCAUUCUCGCAGCUGUGGCAUUCGCUCUCACCUCACCCGACGGUGUUUUCCAUCACAAGGCACAAUCCAGUCCUUUUCAAAUUGAGGCAGUCUUUGGUCGGAGUUGGGCUCACAUGUCGCUUGAUCCCAAGUACGACGGCCUCUGGGAAGACGUUGAAGGAGAUUCCGGCUCCAUCAUAUUCAACCUCACAGAUCCCGCACAAGGUAGCAUGGGUAUGAGCGCCACCAUCGCCAUGUUUCACCAACUCCAUUGCCUCUCCAUAUUUCGAAACGUCCUGCAAGAAGCCCAUCGAGGGGUUGACCCGGGACUAGACUGGAACGACCACGAUCACUGGCCGCAUUGCCUUGACUAUAUGCGCAAGAGCAUUCUUUGCGCAGCGGAUGGUACGAUAGAGCAGCAGCCGAUUCUGCCCAACGGUACAAUCGCGCCUUUCAUUGAUGGCUCUCAGGAUGUUCGGCAUUGUGGUGAUAACAGGCGCCUGAUAAAGCAAAUGAAGACGUACGGCAAGACUGUUAUAACUAAACCGUUCCCGUAG